AUGUCGAAACCUACCGUUCUCCUUAUCGGUGGAUUGGCACAUGUAAAUAAAGAGUGGGAAGGCUUGGGUUCCAAAUACAAUCUGAAGGAAUUCAGAAAGGGUACACGCGAGCAGUUCCUCUCAAACUGCAAGACCGGCCAAUACGACGACGUAGUGGCUCUCUAUCGCUCCAACCUAUCCACGUCAGAAACAGGCCUCUUCGAUCAAGAGCUGGUCUCAGUCCUACCUCAGUCUCUGCGGUACAUCUGCCACAACGGUGCGGGAUACGACAAUAUAGAUGUGGACGCUUGCACCCGAAGGGGAAUCAAGAUCUCCAGUACCCCGAUAGCGGUGGACGACGCCACUGCUGAUGUCGGCAUCUUUCUCAUGCUGGGCGCUCUGCGGCUAGCAUGGGUACCUUUAGUGGCGAUCCGAGAAGGCAGAUGGCGCGGGAAGAGCCAACUCGGACACGACCCAAAGGGCAAAGUGCUGGGUAUCUUGGGAAUGGGUGGGAUUGGCAGAGCAAUGGCUCACCGAGCGCGAGCAUUUGGGAUGAAGAUCGCUUAUCACAACCGAACGCGGCUACCGACAGAGCUCGAGGACGAUGCGACGUACCUCAGUUUCGACGAGUUACUCGCCCAGUCCGACGUGCUCAGCUUGAACCUGUCCCUAAAUGCCAAAACACGACACAUAAUAUCCGCACCCGAAUUCGCCAAAAUGAAGGACGGCGUGGUGAUUGUCAACACGGCGCGAGGCGCACUUAUAAACGAAAAGGACCUGGUGGCCGCGCUGGAAAGCGGCAAAGUGUCCUCGGCCGGACUGGACGUGUUUGAAGAAGAGCCCAAAGUGGAAGAAGGCCUGUUGAAGAACCAGAACGUCUUUAUCGUACCGCAUAUCGGCACGAGUACCUACGAGACACAGCGCGAGAUGGAAUUGUUGGUGUUGGAGAACCUCCAGAACGCGGUGGACAAGGGCUCUCUGUUGACGCCGAUUGCAGAGCAAAAGGGACAAUUGAACGGGCAUUUAUAG